AAGAAGAACAUCUGUGGAGGAAGCGGACGAGAGAAAACAGCUGAUGCAUGAUCUGUGCAUGAUCGAUGAGCUGCAGCUUUAGUUUGUGGAUGUAAACAUGUAAAAGUGAAGAUGUCGGAGGGUGCGGAUAGUGCGCUCUCUGUGGCUCAACUAAAAGACAUGGACGUGGACGCGAUUGAUGAUAAGGAAUUUGACAUUCCUCAGGUGGACACCCCUCCCACUCUGGAGAGCAUCCUCAGUGAGCUUGAGGAGGAGGACAUUCCCUUUGUGCUGGAGGACACCUGUUUGUUAAACACUGACAACAUGGAUGCUCAUUCUUGUGACACCUCAUCUUUGGCCAGCUCGGACAGUGGAGACCCAGCCAAUCUCAAACGGAGGAAGAAAACACUGGAUGUGAAUGCCUCAGUACAUGGUUCUGUUCUGAGACACAGUUUGCUCAAAGGCAUCUCGGCACAGAUUGUCUCAGCUGCUGACAAAGUUGAUGCCGGUCUGCCAACUGCCAUAACAGUGGCGGGUGUCAUCGCUGUUGGAACAUCACAUGGUCUUGCGCUGGUGUUUGACAGUAACCAGGCUCUCCGUUUGUGCCUGGGGUCCAAGAGCACUGGAGCUGAAUUUGGAGCCGUCUCUGCUCUGAGCAUCAACCACGAUUGCACCCGGCUGCUCUGUGGGUUCGCCAAGGGACAGAUAACUAUGUGGGACCUGGCCAAUGGUAAACUGCUGAGAACUAUCACUGAUGCCCACCCUCCAGGAACUGCCAUUCUGCAUGUGAAGGUAUAUAGGGAUCUGCUUUGAACUCCAGUGAUCUCUUUUAAAGAGCCCAUAUUAGGCUAUUUUCUGAUCUAUGUUAUAAUGUUGUUUCCUCAUCACAAACAGACCUGGAGUUGCAUAUUUAUUUGUUCACAAAUAUUUAACACACAAACCCUGCAGAUUUAGGCUAAGCUUGUCUCCCAAACCAAAAACAGUCUAUUCCACCUUGUGAUGUAAUGUCAUAAUACAGGAAUUGCUCCACUGUGUUUUGAACUCCAUACACCUUCACUAGAAUCAUUUAGUUAACUUCAGCCCUAGAAUUGCAGAUCUCCACUGAACAAAAUGUCAAAAGUAGCUGUUAACUUGAAAACUACCACUUCAUGACAUCACAAGGUGAAACAGAGCAUUUUGUUUUGAGCUUUAGCGAUGUAGACUAACCAACCAGGAUUACUCAGACAUGUGUGAAUGAAACAAAACGCCACUCCA